GGGAUGGUACAAGUGUGGCCCAGGAGCAGAGCUGUGUUUGCUCUUGGCGCUCACCUGUGGUUCCUCUCACCCCAGAUGCUGCUGGAGUACACCAGGUUUGAGAGGGAAGCUGUGCGGGAGAGGGCUAUGGGGAGGAUUGCUGUCCUGACCAAUCUGCUGUCUAACUAUUCCACUCUGAAGCCCUCUGUCAACUUUGGAAGAGACAGUUCUGGACCUGUGCGCCCUGAGGACAUCUCAUUCCCAGCCAUGGGAAGGCUGGUGGGACGUCUCAUUCUCUUCCGAUAUUCCGGGGAACAAACAAGCUACACAGCUUUCCACGCUCUGUUUUCCCUUGCUGAAUUCCUCUACAAGUCAAGACCAAGGGAUGGGUCAGAUGUAUUCUCUUGGGAAGCUGUGACCACCUCCUCACUGUGUUACCUGAGCAUUAUAGACUGUACCCAGGCCUUUGGAAGAUACCUCCACUCCAGUGAGAGGACAGAUGUCGUCCUUGAGGCCAUCGAGGCCAUGAAAGAUCCCAGCAUCCUUAACAAGGAUGUGCCCUGCAGUAUACUGGAUGUGGUCAUGGAAGACACAGACUUCUGGGUGACAGAUGUGCCCAAGACAGUGAAGUGCAUUUUUGAGAACCUGCUAUACACCACCACAGAGGCAGGCUGUGUCAAAGUGGAGUCACUGUUUCUCCUGAUGACCACCCAGUACCCCUCGGCCGUGGUCAUCAGCCUGUGUGAGAUGGCUCUUCAGGGAGACAGGUACUGGCCCUGA